AUGGCUCGGAACCUCCUGUCUGCGGUGGGUCAUUAUGUCGGUGUCCAUAAAGUCCACAGGAGUGUUCUGUGCAGCCUUCGCCUCUGUCACACAGACGCACUGACACUGACGCAACAACACAACGGAAUCAGAAGAAUAGUUUUGAACAAUCCUAAAAAGAGAAAUGCGCUUUCUCUGUUGAUGUUGGAAUCCCUUCGCAAGAGCAUCCUCAGUGAAGCUGACAGUGAAGAUCUCAGAGUGAUUGUCAUAUCAGCCAAUGGCCCCGUGUUUUCCUCUGGCCAUGACCUGAAGGAGCUGACCUCUGCUCAGGGAAGAGAGCAUCAUGUUCAGGUGUUCAACACCUGCUCAGAGGUAAUGACCCUUAUUCAAGACAUACCCGUCCCAGUAAUGGCCAUGGUCAAUGGUGUUGCCACAGCCGCAGGAUGUCAGCUUGUUGCCAGCUGUGACAUUGUAAUUGCUUCGGAGAAAUCUACCUUUGCUACUCCCGGUGUUAAUGUGGGUUUAUUCUGCUCGACACCAGCUGUAGCUAUUGGGAGGACUGUGCCUAGAAAGGUUGCACUGGAGAUGUUGUUCACAGGAUCUCCUAUCUCGGCCCAUGAUGCUUUGCUGCAUGGUCUGGUGAGUAAGGUUGUCCCAGAAAACCGCCUGGAGGAGGAGACAUUGGCUAUCGCUGAGCGCAUUUGUUGGGCCAGUCAACCUGUGGUAGCCCUUGGGAAAGCUACAUUCUACAGUCAAAUGGCACAAGGUCGAGAUGCUGCAUAUGCUACCGCCUCCAAAGUGAUGGUCGAGAACCUGGCACUGAGAGAUGGGCAAGAAGGAAUCAGAGCUUUCAUAGAAAAACGCGAACCUGUGUGGAGUCAUACAACAGAGAAAGCUCAUGACUGA